AUGAAACAAAGAUUAAACAAAUCAUCUAUUUUGGAAGAGUUAGAGAAUAACAGAAAAGAAUAAUUAUUGGAAGAAAACAAGAAAAUUCUCUUAAUAAAAGAUAGAAUUAGAAGAGAGCAGAUUGCAAUAUAAAAUAAGGAUAAUGAGUUAAAAUAAGUGUAAGAGUAACUCCAUCGAUAGAUGAUGUCAUCAAAAAAAGACCUAUUCCAACCUAUCAACUUUAGUUCUAUUUUAUUGCAUUAAUAAUAAUAUGAAAGCAAUAAAAUUGUUAAGGAAAUCGAAAGACAAAAUAAGAAAAAAUCUGUUCCAUAACUGGAGUUUAAAAAGUCAAAUACAUAUAUUAAAUUGCUACAUGAUUAACAAGAGGAGUAAUAAAGACAGUUUUCAAAAAGAUAACAAAUAAAAGCUAGAAAAUAUGCUCAAUAAAAGUAUUCAGAAAUUGUAAAAGAGAUUUACUUAAGACCAGCUAACAAAACAUUUCAUGAAGAUCCUUCGGAUGCAUUCUUAUCUAUCUAAAAAUCAAGACCUAUUUCUUUACAUGAAUAAUCCUACAAAACCAGUUCUGAAAGUAGUUAAUUAUAAUCUGUUGAUAAAUAUCUGAUUACUAAAUUAGAAAAAAUACUAAAAACAGAAGAAAAGCCUGAAGAAAAAAAAAAGACAGAAUUUAAGUUUAAAUUAAGGAAUCAAUAAAUUUAGAAAUUGUCACCUAUUCCAUAAGUUAAAUGUAAAAAAAAAGAAUAAGCUAAGGGUAUUAGCAUCCAUAAAAAGGUGUAAGAAGUGCAACCAAGCGAGUGGAGAAAUAUAGUUGAUGAUAGUCUUCUGUCCAAUUAGGAUAGGGUGCAAAAGACUUUAGAUCUUAUUAAACUGUUAAAUAGUGAAGCUGUGAAGAUAGAGGAAGAAACAAAUGUAAAAUUAAAUGUUGAAAAAGAAGAAAAAUUGAACGACUUGCUUAUUAAUCAAAUUCAAGCAAGAUUGGCAUUAUUAGAUAACUUUAAUUGA